CAAAAAUGUGUAAAUAUGUAAUUCAUUUGACAUUCGUUUCACAUUGUUCUUCUAAUUGCGAAUGAAAAUCUAAAUGGAGCGAUCGAUGAGACCUCAGUGAAUGAAAAAUGAAUCGUCGAAAAGUUGAAAAGUGGUGAUAAAUAUAACCAGUAGUACGUGCUCAUCACCAAAUCCAGCUACAUUCUCAUCUUCAUAGGUGAAUCUAACCUCUCCCAGGUAUCCCCAGUAGACAUCAAUUAAAUUUAUCCCCUAAUCGUGGCGUACACUGACAUAAAAAUGAGGAGUCGAAGUAAUUCAGGUGUUCGUCUGGACUACUACCAGCGAGUGGUCCAGAAAAUAAUAAUGAAUUACCAGAACCCAGUGACAGGGUUGUUCCCAGCAAGCAGUGACAUUGAUCAUGCCUGGAUAAGGGACAAUAUUUACUGCAUCCUGGCUGUUUGGGGUCUGUCAAUGGCGUACAAAAAAAUUGCCGACGUCGAUGAGGACCGAGCCAAGACGUACGAGCUGGAGCAGAGCUGUGUCAAGCUAAUGAGAGGGCUGCUGAUGGCGAUGAUGCAGCAGAAGGAGAAGGUCGAGAAAUUUAAGAUAACUCAGAAUCCCCUGGACGCCCUUCACGCCAAGUACAGCUCAGCCACUGGACAAUCAGUGGUGGGUGACAACGAAUGGGGACACCUGCAGAUCGACGCUGUGUCCCUGUACCUCCUGAUCCUGGCGCAGAUGACAGCCUCAGGACUGCAGAUUGUCUUCAACCUCGACGAGGUUGCAUUUAUCCAGAAUCUUGUCUUCUACAUUGAGUCUGCGUACUGCACACCAGACUAUGGGAUAUGGGAACGAGGAGACAAGACAAAUCAUGGUCUUCCAGAGCUAAAUGCCAGCAGCAUUGGCAUGGCCAAGGCUGCGAUGGAGGCGAUGAAUGAAAUUGAUCUUUUUGGGGCACGUGGUGGACCCACAUCAGUCAUCCAUGUUCUCGCUGAUGAGGCGCAGAAGUGUCAGGCUGUCCUCCAGUCAAUGCUCCCGAGAGAGAGCAACUCCAAAGAACUUGACAGUGGAUUGCUCUCGAUCAUCAGUUUUCCAGCUUUUGCGGUCGACGAACCCAAUUUAAUUCAACUAACGAGGGAUGCCAUCACCAAGAAGCUACAGGGCAAGUACGGCUGCAAAAGGUUUUUGAGGGAUGGUUACAGAACACCCAGAGAAGAUCCUAAUAGACUCUACUAUGAACCCUGGGAGCUCAGGAUGUUUGAGAAUAUCGAGUGCGAGUGGCCUCUCUUCUUCUCAUAUCUCAUUCUUGACUACUGCUUUCAAGGGAAUAAGGAACUCGUCGCCGAGUACACUCAGGCCCUCGAGGAUAUCAUGGUGAAGUCAGAGGAUGGGAUGAAACUUGUGCCGGAAUUGUAUGCAGUGGCGCAGGUGAAUGUUGCUGCCGAGUAUGCUGAGCCUGGGAGCCAGCCCAGGGAGGCUUUGGGAAGGUGCCCAUUCAAGUGGGCGCAGUCACUCUAUAUUCUGGGAAAACUCCUGCAGGAGGGCUUCCUCGCUGUUGGCGAACUUGAUCCGCUCAACAGGAGGCUGUGCAGUGAGAAGAAACCGGAUGUUGUUGUCCAGGUUGUUAUCCUUGCUGAAGAUGCUGAGAUUAGAGAAAAAAUUGCACAACACGAUAUUCAUGUUCAAACAAUUGCUGAAGUCGCACCAAUCGAAGUACAACCUGCGAAAGUACUGAGUCAUUUAUACACGUAUUUAGGACGCAAUAAGAAACUCGGCUUAUCAGGACGAAAAUCUCGAGACGUCGGAAUUCUCAGUACAAGUAAACUGUACUCCCUCCACGAUCGAAUAUUUGCCUUCACUCCACAGUUAACAGAUAUGACUCGCUUCUACAUCGCAUCGGAUUACGAGCUUAUGAUCGACAUAUUCAAAGGUGAAAUUAAUUUCUUGAAGUCUAGCUGGCAGAAUAUGUUAGGUCGUCCACUCGUGGUCAUGCCACUCAAGAACAUUCAUCUAGAUCAGGGAAAAAUACCACUGGCCAUGAUUACCACGAUGAAGAAGCUGAAGAGUGGAUAUAUCAAUGGAACUCGAGUUUCUUUGGGGAAUAUGAACGAUUUUCUCAGCACCUCUUGUAUAACGAACUUGAGCUUCUUGGGGAGUUCUGAGGAUGGACGGCCGGAUAAAUUGAAUCCUCAGGUCCACCAAUACCUAGAGGAACACCUCAUGCGUGCCUUGCCUCACAGAGCAGGCCUCCUGCGAGGUCCAGGCGUCCGCACAGGUAAAAACUUACGUCGGAGGAUGUCAGUUAAGGGGGCAAUUAAAAAAACCAGGUCCAUCGCAGUCGAACCGGCAGUUCCUAUCAUUCUUCAAGAGCCUGAAAUUUUGGGAAUGGCAGGGGAAGAUCGAAGACCCUCAGUCGUGCUGGCAACGAAUCCCUUCAUCGAAGUCACCGACACGGGUUCAUUGUCACCAACUUCGCCAGUCAAUAUCCGGACAAAUCGGACGCCCUCGCCGACCGAGGAAGUUAUGCCCUGGAAGACGUCCCCAAAGCCAUUGAGGAACAGAAAUCCGUCAGAGACACAAUACGCUGAUACUGAAGUUGAAGAACUCAUGGCGAUGCUCAGGGAGACUGAGAGUCUCGAAGAGCAGGGUGAUAUCUUACAAUAUCUGGUUGACUCCCAGGGUCUCCAAUUCCAAACAGGAAUGAUAGAAAACGGCCAUCCCGUUCUGGUGAAAGAUCUCCUGAAAUCCCUCUACGAGCGAGCUUGCCAGCAAAAAAUGUGGGGAAUAGUUCGUCAUACAGCAGGAAUGUUGGGAAAGCGAGUUGAGGAUCUAGCAAAAGCAGUGACUGAUCUUCUGGUACGUCAGAAGCAAGUGACAGUGGGUAUGCCACCAGUCAACGAGCACACGAUAGUCGCACCCCUUCCCGAGAAUGAACUACGAGCCCUCAUUCACUUGGCUUAUGGAGAUGAUGAGAGUACAGCAAUGCUUACCCAGGAGUUGCUGGUGUAUCUGGCGAUGUUCAUCAGAACAGAACCUCAACUCUUCCACGAGAUGUUGCGACUCAGGGUUGGCUUGAUAAUCCAAGUAAUGGCAACAGAACUGUCCAGAACGUUAAUUUGCACUGGUGAGGAAGCUUCAGAGCAUCUGCUGAAUCUCUCCCCCUUUGAAAUGAAGAAUCUUCUCCAUCACAUUAUGAGUGGCAAGGAAUUUGCCAUCAGCAGUGUGGGACGUGGAAAUUUCUCAGUUAUCUCUUGCAAAUCCACGCGAUUCAGUAAGAAGUCGCAGAUAGGUGGACUUCUGAAUGUCGAUCAAACUGAUGGCAAUGAAAUGGAACCUGACAGACAGGGCCAGUGGCUGAGGAGGAGGAGACUCGAUGGAGCUCUCAACAGGGUCCCUCGAGACUUUUAUCCGAGAGUCUGGCAGGUACUCGAGCGCUGCCAGGGACUCGUUAUCGAAGGAAAACUUCUGCCCCAGAAUUUGACGCAGGAGAUGACCUCGGGGGAACUCAAGUUCGCCCUGGCUGUUGAGACUGUUCUCAAUACUAUUCCACAGCCUGAGUACAGGCAGCUCAUUGUGGAGGCACUCAUGGUACUGACUUUGGUUACUGAGUACAAUGUGGUGGCUUCGCUUGGGGGACUCAUUGCUGUGGAACAUCUGGUGCACAAGGCCAAUGCUAUCUUCCUGGAGGACCAGAUGAAAAUUGAUGGUGAUGCCACACUUUGCUGUGCCAAACCCAAGGAACACCGUGAAACAACCCCCCUGGGGACGCUCCUGUGCGGUGGAGCUGCAUAUAUUUGUCAACAUUUUUACGACAGUGCACCAAGUGGUAGCUAUGGUACAAUGACGUACAUAACAAGGGCCAUCGCAUCAUUACUCAAUUUUUUGCCCAAAGACGGGGACCUCGAGUGCAGUAUUUCGUGAACAUUUAGUUGAAUUAUCAAUUAAUCGUUAGAACAAUUUAUUUAGAUCAAUUUUUGCCGACUAAUUCUGUUGUUAAAAAAAUCAUGUUUUGGGUGUAAUUUGUUUAUUAUUUGGGAUUCUUACUGCAUAAAAUCAGUAUGAAUAGAUUGUUGAUUUAAUUAUCAAA